AGAGGCAGCGAGAAAGGAUGGAAAAGGGGAGGAGGAAAUUGAUGGAUGGGAGGAGAAAGAGAGCAGGGGGCUCAGUUUCCAUCUCUCACCGCAGGACAUCUGUGGCUGGUUUAAAUGCAAACCAGAGUUUCUCCUGAGAGUGAGGAGCAAGCAGCAGCAUGGCCGGGCGAGUGGAGCAUCCUGCUGCAGGCUACAAGAAGAUCUUUGAGACGGUGGAGGAGCUGAAUGAGCCAAUACCUGCAAAGAUCACUGGGGUGAUACCAUCAUGGCUGGGGGGCAGUCUCCUCAGGAUGGGUCCGGGUCUUUUCGAGAUCGGGGGGGAACCUUUCAACCACCUGUUUGACGGACAGGCCAUGAUGCACAAGUUUGACCUGAAGGGCGGACAGGUGACCUACUACCGGAAGUUCCUCAGGACAGACGCGUACGUUCGUGCUAUGGCUGAAAACAGAGUGGUCAUCACAGAGUUCGGUACAGCAGCGUAUCCCGACCCCUGUAAGAACAUCUUCUCCAGAUUCUUCACCUACUUCAGAGGCAUUGAAGUGACUGAUAACUGUAUGGUGAACGUUUAUCCAAUCGGUGAAGACUUCUACGCCGUCACAGAGUCAAACUUCAUCACCAAGGUCGACCCUGAUUCGCUGGAGACGCUGAAGAAGGUGGACCUGUGUAAGUACCUGUCGGUGAACGGGGUGACGGCGCACCCCCACACCGACUCCGACGGAUCCAUCUACAACAUGGGAAACUGCUUUGGAAAGAACAUGAGUCUGGCUUAUAACAUCGUGAAGAUCCCGCCUGCGCAGAGCGACAAGUCAGAUCCCAUAGAGAGAUCAGAGGUGGUGGUUCAACUGCCCAGCAGCGAGAGGUUAAAGCCCUCCUACUUUCACAGCUUCGGUUUGACGGACAACUACUUUGUGUUUGUGGAGCAGCCGGUGAAAAUCAACCUGCUCAAGUUCCUGUCGGCUUGGAGCAUCAGAGGAGCCUCGUACAUGGACUGCUUCGAGUCCAACGAGACCAUGGGGACCUGGUUCCACCUGGCCACCAGAGACCCAGCCGGUCACAUGAGCAGCCACAAGUUCAGAACAUCCGCUUUCAACAUCUUCCACCAUAUCAACGCCUACGAGGACGAGGGCUUCAUCGUGGUGGACCUCUGCACGUGGAAAGGGUAUGACUUUGUGUAUGACUACCUGUACCUGGCCAACCUGAGGCAGGAGUGGGAGGAGGUGAAAAAAGCAGCGAUGAAAGCUCCUCAGCCCGAGAUCAGACGAUAUGUGCUGCCGCUGGAUUUACACACAGAGGAGCAGGGGAAGAAUCUGGUGUCUCUGUCCUACACCACAGCUACAGCUGUUCUUAACAGCGAUGGAACCAUCUGGCUCGAACCUGAAGUUCUGUUUUCUGUACCAAGACUAGGCUUUGAGUUUCCACAGAUUAACUACUCUCUGUGUCGGGGGAAGAAGUAUUCCUUCGCCUACGGACUGGGGCUCAACCACUUCAUCCCUGACAGGAUCAUCAAACUGAACGUUCAGACCAAAGAGACAUGGCUGUGGCAGGAGGAAGACUGUUACCCCUCAGAGCCGCUGUUUGUACAAACACCUGGAGCCACACAGGAGGACGACGGUGUGCUGCUGAGCAUCGUGGUGAAGCCCGGUGCCGAGAGACCAGGUUUGCUGUUGGUGCUGGACGCCAUGAAUCUGACUGAGCUGGCGAGGGCGGAGGUGGACAUCAUGAUCCCUGUGACCCUGCACGGGAUGUACAGACCUGGACCUCAGCUCUCAUCCUCAUCCUCAUCCUCAUCUGAAGAAGACACAUAAUGAAAUUCACUCGGAAAUCUUUCAUCGAUGUAUUUUCUUUCUACCAAAGCAGAUGCCGGAGGAAAAUAUCUAAAAAUGAAGAGAUCAUGGUUUUUAUAAAUUUACUCACUUACUGAAAUAUAAGAAAGUUGAAUGAAAGUUAUAAUUUUUAUCAAUUUCUGGAAUUUUCUAGAACAUUUAUAUAAACAACAUUUUAUUUCCACUAAAGCCUAUUGUUGAGUUAACAGUGUCUGCUGAUUGUAAGGUAAAAAUACAGUUAAAGACCAUUUUUAUAUUCUUAUAUUUCAUAAUUAAAAUGUGCAGAUUUGUGAAAUUAUCUUUGUAAAGCAAAAGCUACAUUUAAAUAUAUACAACAAGUUUCUGCAACAGAUAUUUUAUAUUCUUUUUUUUCUUUUAUAUAAAUUCACUUAUUAUUAUAACAAUCAUUUAUCAUUAGAAAUGAUAUUGCUUGAAAAAGUGUAGCUGUGUAAUAAUGUUGUUUUUUUCACUCUGCACUAGAACAAUAAACUUUACAUCGACAGGAAA